AUGACGUUCCUUUCCAAAACAGGCGAUGAGAAGGAUGUCACACUGAGCAUUCCAGAAAUACCUGAAGACGACCCAAUAUUCACUGAGUUCGAGAUACCCGAAGACCUCAAAGCUACUCUGAAUGCAAGUGAUGUUGAGUUCUUGAAUAUUAAAGUAGAGACUCAACCCUUUUACAAAUGGUUCUCUCCAACAGACACUCCUGCCGAGAAGAGACUCAUUAUCAAGCUUGAUCUUUUGAUUCUGGUGUACCUCUUCCUUUCCUCAUUCGUGAAGACCUUGGACUCAAGUGCAGUUACUUAUGCUUAUGUUUCCGGUAUGAAAGAAGACCUUAAGAUGUUCGGAAAUGAACUCACUUAUCAAAGUUCGUGCUAUAUGGCUGGCUUUAUUGUCGGUCAAAUUCCAUUGACCAUGUUGGCUACUGUGUUGCCUCUUAACUAUUACCUUCCUGCCAUGGAUAUUGUAUGGGCUGUUUUCACGCUCUUCAUCUUCAAGAUCACAAACUAUCACCAGUUGUACGCCUUGCGUUUCUGCAUUGGAUUGCUGAGUUCGUUCUUCUUCCCCACAGUUCAAUACAUUCUGGGCUCAUGGUAUAAGAGCUCCGAGCUAACCAUUCGCUCUGCCAUCUACUUCGUCGCCUCGCAGGUUGGAAGCAUGGUCUGCGGCUAUAUCCAGACCGGUGCUUAUGACCAUCUCGACGGUAAAGCCAACCUCAAAGGCUGGCAAUGGCUUUACGUCCUGGCUUUCAUCAUCACCGUCCCGAUUUCUGCAUAUGGUGUAUUCACGAUACCAGGCUUGCCCGAGAAACUGAAUAUGAAAGUGUUCCUGAAAGAGGACGAGGUCAAACUUGCAAGAUUGAGAAUGAUUAGGGAGAAGAGAAAGUCCAACGAUAAACUCACUUUCCCAGUCGUUUUGCAAGCCUUAAAACAAUGGAGAUUCUGGAUGCUGGUUGUAUUUGCGAUCUUCUUCUCCCAGGCAGACGGUAUUAGUUCCUAUAGCGGAUUAUCUCUUUGGUUGAAGGCUUCCAACUACUCAGUUUACCAGAUCAACACCAUCACUACUGUCAUUCCAGCUGUCACAAUUUUCUUCUCUCUUUUGAAUGGAGUUCUGGCCGACUCAUGGAAAGACAGUGAUCCAUACAUUAUUGCUUAUGUCGCAGUAUUGAACAUGCUGGCUGGUAUUCUAUUAGUGAUCUGGCAUAUCGGAAAGGGUGGAAUCAUGUUUGCCUUCUUCUUAUCAGGAACUGCUGAUAGUAUUGCUGCCGUGCUCUAUUCUUGGGCAAACAAGAUCUGUUCUGGUAACUCUCAGGAGCGUGCUUUGACAUUAUCCACUAUGAACACAUUGGGAAACACAUUUGCAGUCUGGGUUCCUCUUUUCGUUUGGAAGACUGUAGAUGCACCUCAGUAUAAGAAGGGUUAUGGCUACAAUAUUGCACUGGAUGCUAUGAUGUUAAUCCUUUUGAUUCCACUGACCUAUCUUUAUAGGAGACAGAAUAGAGCCAGUGUGAAGGAAAGGGAGGACAUUUGA